UGAGAAGGGAAGGUGGGUGGUAGCGCCCGGGAUGGAGGCGGCUGCUACGGUCACUUGAGCCGCUUCCUACCCCCGCCGUGAAUGGAGUCUCCCUCCCGCAGGUGCAGCGCUGCGGGGAGCCGGGCGGCCCGCUGAGACGCACCCUCCCGGGAGCGGGGCCGCUGGUCCCCCGAGAGGUUCAGAGGCUGUAGCCAUGAAUAAUAAAGGCUUUCGACGAGGGAGUUUCCAGAGCAGCACCAGUGAUGAAGACAUGGUGGAGAUAGCAGGAGGAGCUCUGGAUUUCUCCAUCACAGAUGAUGAUCCCCCGCUGGAUAGAGAGAUGUUGGGAGGGUUCUCCUUAUACAAUGGAGGAGGGAUGAAUGGCACAAGCAAGAUGAUGGAUUUUCUGGAGGAACCUCUGCCUGGUGUGGGUACCUAUGAAGAUUUCAAUACUAUAGACUGGGUGAGAGAAAAGUCCAGAGACCGGGACAGGCACAGAGAGAUUGCUAGUAAAAGUAAAGAGUCAACAUGGGCCCUGAUUCACAGCGUGAGCGAUGCCUUCUCUGGUUGGCUGUUGAUGCUCCUCAUAGGACUGUUAGCAGGUUCUCUAGCUGGUCUGAUAGACAUCUCUGCCCACUGGAUGACAGAUUUGAAAGAAGGGCUGUGUCUGUCAGGCUUCUGGUUUAACCACGAACACUGCUGCUGGAACUCCAAUGAGACAACCUUUGAGGAUAGGGAUAAGUGCCCAGAGUGGGAGAGCUGGUCACAGCUUAUAAUUGGCCAUGGAGAGGGGGCAUUUGCAUACAUUCUCAAUUACUUCAUGUAUGUUCUCUGGGCCCUGGUAUUCUCUCUCCUUGCAGUGUUGCUGGUCAGGGGAUUUGCACCUUAUGCUUGUGGCUCAGGAAUCCCAGAGAUCAAAACGAUCUUGAGUGGUUUCAUCAUUAGAGGCUAUUUGGGCAAGUGGACCCUGAUAAUCAAAACUGUUACCUUGGUGUUGGCAGUAUCAUCUGGCUUGAGUUUGGGGAAAGAGGGCCCCUUGGUGCAUGUAGCUUGCUGUUGUGGAAACAUCUUGUGUCACCUUUUCACCAAAUACAGGAAAAAUGAGGCCAAGCGCAGAGAGGUUUUGUCAGCUGCUGCAGCCGCUGGCGUGUCCGUAGCUUUUGGUGCACCAAUUGGAGGGGUAUUGUUUAGUCUGGAAGAGGUGAGUUAUUAUUUUCCCCUCAAGACUCUGUGGAGAUCUUUCUUUGCCGCCCUGGUAGCAGCGUUCACCCUGCGCUCCAUCAACCCUUUUGGAAACAGCCGUCUGGUUUUGUUUUACGUGGAGUUUCACACACCUUGGCAUCUUCUGGAGCUCGUGCCAUUCAUCCUUUUGGGAAUCUUUGGUGGUCUUUGGGGAUCUUUCUUUAUUCGCAGCAACAUUGCCUGGUGCAGAAGACGUAAGACAACCAAACUUGGCAAGUAUCCUGUGCUGGAGGUGCUUGUUGUGACUGCCAUCACAGCUGUUCUGGCUUUCCCCAAUGAGUAUACCCGUAUGAGCACCAGUGAGCUGAUUUCUGAGCUGUUCAAUGACUGUGGGCUCCUGGAUUUCUCCAAGCUCUGCGAGUACGUGAAUGACUUCAACAGCACCACAGGGGAUGAUCUGCCGGACCGAGCCGCUGGCCCAGGAGUCUACACAGCUAUGUGGCAGCUGGCUUUGGCCCUUAUCCUAAAAGUCUUCAUCACCAUAUUCACUUUUGGCAUGAAGGUCCCUUCGGGUCUCUUCAUUCCCAGCAUGGCGGUUGGUGCCAUAGUAGGCAGACUACUAGGUGUAGGAAUGGAGCAGCUGGCUUAUUAUCACCAUGACUGGACUAUCUUCAGUGGCUGGUGCAGUCAAGGGGCUGAUUGCAUCACUCCUGGCCUUUAUGCAAUGGUUGGUGCUGCAGCAUGUCUAGGUGGAGUAACCCGUAUGACUGUGUCGCUGGUGGUUAUUAUGUUUGAGCUUACCGGUGGACUGGAAUACAUUGUUCCUCUAAUGGCUGCAGCCAUGACUAGCAAGUGGGUGGCAGAUGCAAUUGGACGGGAGGGCAUCUAUGAUGCCCAUAUUCGUCUCAAUGGCUACCCCUUCCUAGAAGCCAAGGAGGAGUUCUCGCACAAGACUCUCGCCAUGGACGUAAUGAGGCCCCGCCGGAAUGACCCUGUUCUGACUGUCCUCACACAGGACAGCAUGACGGUAGAGGAUGUAGAGGCCAUAAUCAAUGAAACCACUUACAGCGGCUAUCCGGUGGUGGUGUCCCGGGAGUCCCAGAGGCUGGUCGGAUUUGUCCUCCGGCGAGAUGUCAUCAUUUCAAUUGAAAAUGCCCGGAAGAAGCAGGAUGGAAUUGUGAGCACUUCAAUUAUUUAUUUCACUGACCACUCUCCUCCGCUGCCUCCGAGCUCCCCGUCCAUGCUCAAACUCAGGAGCAUCCUGGACCUCAGUCCAUUCACAGUGACAGACCAAACGCCCAUGGAGAUAGUUGUGGAUAUAUUCCGCAAGCUGGGACUGCGCCAGUGCCUCGUCACUCACAAUGGGAAACUACUUGGGAUCAUUACCAAAAAGGAUGUAUUAAAGCACAUUGCACAGAUGGCUAAUCAAGACCCAGAUUCCAUACUCUUCAAUUAAAAACAGACUAAUAAGUAUUGGGUGUUUAACACAAAAACGAAACUUUAUAAAAGACCGUGGAUUUUCUCUUCUAUUUUUAUUAAGAAACUGGAGCUAUCUUCAGAGUUUUCCUGUAUGGAGCUGAAGAUAAUCAUGUUUUUUCUACAAAAUAACCAAUUGCACUACGUAAUCUGUGGAAAUUAAUCUUCUCUUUAGAAGAAAAGACUUUAUAAUAAUGCUUUUGUGAAGUUGCAUUGGAAAGAUUCCAUGAAGGAGUAAAGCAAAAUGCUACAGAAUUAAAUCUGUUCCCUUAUUUUAUUUGAACUUUGAUAACUAAUGUUGGGAGGGGAAGAAAAGACUAUCUAGUUUUAAGUCUUCAAAAGCCAUGGAGGAGAAGGAUGACUUUUGCACACAGCACUAAGAUGCCUGAGAAAGAGAUGAUCAUAACUAAGGGCCACAAUUCCCAGACAGCUGCUUGGUGAAAACACAAAUUUGAUCUUUUUUAGGUUUCUAAAAGCAAUCAGCAAAAUGUUAAGGGGGCUUUUUGAGUUCUAUAUUUGAACCCAAGGUAAAUCUACAUAUUCCUGCAUGCAGUGUCCAGCUAAAUGAGGACUUGUUUUGGAAGCUCUGCUUCUAAUCAGAGUGAAGCUUCAUUUUAGACUUCUCUGAAUGUAUUAAGUUACCCUCUGAUUUGCUCGUUAAAAGUACCCAAAGGGAGAGCAGAAGGGCUCACUGGUUAUAUUCUUGCAACUCUCCCCUAGUUGGUUAAGACCAAGGAUUUCUCCUUCUCUCUAAUAAGCAAUGAAAGGGUUAAGACAGAGUCGUGAGUUAUUGCCCAAGUUUUACUGCACUCCUUCCAAAUGAUCCCUGAUCAUGUUACAGAUAUUGCACAACUGACCUCUUUCUUAAUCAGCAGUGUCUUAUGUUGAAGGGUAUGUCUAUUUUAUUGGAGUUUCCCAGAUCCAUAAUGUUUACAUGUAUGCAUAUUCUGUUCCCUUUUUCCAUGCCCUUUACUGUGCCAAACUCAGGAUGGAAUCCUGUCUCUGGGAAUGAGUAACACUGCCACUUUAUGCACAUUCUCCAGCUGCUGUCUGUUUUAUUACCACCAACUAUGCAAUAAAAAACCCUUCCUGAUCA